CCGACAGAAUCAGACUGAAACAGACUGAAACAGACAGAAGCUGACAGAAUCAGACUGAAACAGACAGAAACCGACUGAAACGGACUGAAAUAGGCUCAAACUGACAGAAACAGACUGAAACAAAGAAACGGAAACAGACUGAUACAGACAGACUCAGACUGAUACAGACAGACUCAGACUGAUACAGACGCGUUCUAUUUCAAACGUGUCCGGACUGCUGCAUAAUCCGCGCUGCUCUGCACGCCACGCGCAACUCUUUCCGGGUCUCUGUCUCUUCCCCCGGAGCUGCUCGUGUCUCUGAUUUUUUUUUCAGUUUUCUCGUCUUCCUGGGUCGAGUCUCCUUUAAAUACCCGCCGACUCGUUAGACUGGAAAAGCCUUUCGCGCCUCUGGUUUAUCCCGCCAGCACUGAGCCCGGAGCGCGCGCGGACACGGUGAUGGCAGCUCGAUGUCUCGCGGAGAGAGGGGAGGACGGAGAGGAGAAGCCAUCCGACCACAUCUCCUAACAGCAGCCCGUGUCUCUCAGCCAUGCCGGAGCUCUCCUCCUGAUCGCCUCCUCUCCUUUGAUUUGAUCUUCUCCGUUUUCCUCUCGCCUCUUUCGCUUUGCACGAUGGUUCGUGUGGUCAGCGUGCUCGGCUUGGUCAUGUUCAGCGUGGCUCUGCUCAUCCUCUCCCUCAUCAGCUACGUUUCCAUAAAGAAAGACUUCAUCUUCACUGCCCCCAAAUACGCCAACCCCGGGGGUCCAAGGAUGUACAUGUUCCAUGCAGGGUUUAGGUCCCAACUGGCGAUGAAGUUUCUGGACCCAGCAUUUACGCCUCUGAACAAUGCCCUGAACGAGAACCUGCAGGAGAACUCCUCCAAGUGGAGGUUUAAUAAGACGGCCUAUUUGGAGCAAAGUAAAGAGAUUGCCCAGUACAUCGACGUGCCACACAACUUCACCCUGACCAAGAACAGCGUGCGUGUGGGUCAGCUGAUGCACUACGACUACUCCAGCCAUAAAUACGUCUUCUCCAUCGGCGAGAACUUCCGCUCUCUGCUUCCAGACUCCUCCCCCAUCCUUAACAAGCGAUACAAUACCUGCGCCGUCAUAGGCAACAGCGGGAUCCUGACAGGCAGCCGGUGCGGCCCCACCAUUGAUAAGUAUGACUUCGUCUUCCGCUGCAACUUCGCGCCCACCGAGGUCUUCCGCAGAGACGUGGGGCGGCGGACCAACCUCACCACCUUUAACCCCAGCAUCCUGGAGAAGUACUACAACAACCUGCUCACCAUCCAGGACAGGAACAACUUCUUCCUGAGCUUGAAGAAGCUGGACAGGGCCAUCCUGUGGAUCCCCGCCUUUUUCUUCCAUACCUCCGCCACAGUCACACGCACGCUUGUGGACUUCUUCGUGGAGCACAGGGGUCAGCUGAGAGUGCAGCUGGCCUGGCCUGGAAACAUCAUGCAAUACGUCAACAGGUACUGGAAGACGAAGCAGCUUUCUCCAAAGCGUCUGAGCACGGGGAUCCUGAUGUUCACGCUGGCCUCCUCUCUGUGUGAACAGAUCCACCUGUACGGCUUCUGGCCUUUCGGCUGGGACCCCAACACGGGCAAGGAGCUGCCCUACCACUACUAUGACAAGAAGGGCACCAAGUUCACCACCAAGUGGCAGGAAUCCCACCAGCUCCCCACUGAAUUCAAACUCCUCUUCAAGAUGCACACCGAGGGCGUGCUAAAGCUCAGCCUCUCACAUUGCACCUAGAGAGCAAAGGUCAAUGUCAGAAGGUCACAGGCUGGGAUUUUAGGGCCACCCGAGUUUGCAGAUGGACGUUUGGGUGGUUCGUCUCCUGCAGGGCUGUUGGGCGUUUUUUCGGGGGGGUGGGAGGGGGCGUGUUGACAUUAAGGUCAGUAGUAGUAUUGGCAAAUAAUUAUCUAAACAAUGAUGUUAAUAUUGAUUACAUCAAAAGGUCCAGUCAGAAAUCGCCAGGCCGCUUCAUAGUGAUGCAACUUCUACAAACAUCUCCCCCACUGUCAUGUGCAAUAAGUACGUUCUGGGUGCUGCAGUGACUGCGGCUCUGUCUCAGUUUCGGGUUUUAACCUGAGCCUGCUUUAUAUCUUAUCUGAGUUGGGCCAACAAAUACCACAGAAUGAACUCCGAGAACAAAUGCCACAUAAUCCCGUUCAAAAAUGUUGUUUCUGUAUGUUAGCGUUUGGCUUGAAAGGCUAAUAUAAUCAUGUGCUGCAUAUCUAAAGAGCGAAAAAAGCAACGUAUCAGGACCAAAUGUUGUUUACAGACUGACAAACUACACAAUGGUAACUUUCCGUGCUUAUGUUUAUUUAUUUAUCUAUGAUGCAUUUAGAAUGUAAACACAUGACUACGCCAUUUUAGAGGGGCGUGUUGCAGAGUAGCGCGUUCAACAUGAGCAGUUGCUCAUGUAGCCUCAUUUCAGCUACAGCCACAACUCUAAAUAUGCACUAAGAUGCAUAUUUAGAUGACUAGUAUGUGUACAUAUCCUCAUAUAGAGAAGCGUUCACUCAUAUAAAGUAGAUCCAUGCGUGUACGUAUACACUGAUAGAUGAAUGUUUAGAAUUAUUAGGACUAAUCUUUCCUGUGCAGGUUUUAUUAUUUAGUUUAAUAAGCAUUUUAAUGUAAGAUCUGACUGUGGCAAAUGAACGGCACUCACGUCAUUCAGUCUUGGGAGCGUGUUUGUUCUAUGAAAGCUAUUCAGCGGGAUUUAAGGCUCACUUAAUUUUAAACUUAUUUUAGCAGUAAAGGCCCAGUCACACUAGCGGUUUGCCAGAGAUGUGUUGUGAAUGCAAGUGCAUUCAUUUCAAGGGAAUUUGUUGCGAUGUGUGGUUUUGUGUUGCAGAUCUCCAGAGAACAUAAACUUUGCCUUGAGAUCAACUGAUUUUGGCAAACAAAUCCACAUCCUUAAGCCCUGUUGCUUUGGCUGUGUUGAUGUCUAAAGGCUUCAUUUAGCAGAAGUAAAGAUCCAGACUCAAACGUUAAUUUUAUCAGUGUCUAAGCAUGAAUCCUUCAACAUUUCUUCCCAAUGGCUAUAAAUACACACAUAUAAACAAGGUAGCAUGAUAUGCAGUCAAUCAGGAGGCUGUAUUAGAUUGUUGUAGUUAUCUAUGUAUUUGCAUUUUUACACACUUCAAAAGGAUGGUUCUUCAAGGGUUCCUUGGUGAAUGAAAAUUAGUGUUCUAUAUAGAACUAUUAACACUCAAAGGCCUCUUUGCAUGAUUAAAGGAGUUCUUUG